AUGUUUUUUCCGGCAGGUCGAAUUUAUUCGACCGUGCUGGCAAUCUGUUUGUUCCUGGCUUUAUUUACAAGUGAAGUGCUAAGUCAAGUAGCGGAAGAUACCAGUCUCAUCAACGAGACCAACCUGCAAACGGCACUACAAUCGGAUUUCGAAUGCAGUUUUGACAAAAUGUAAGCGGAUCUUCGGACGGACUAAAGAUUUUAGUGAAUGGAUUCAAGUGAAAUUCGUCCGGAAUCUGUCGAUUUGGAAGUAUGAGAUUGCCAAGGACGGCGGAAAAUACAAAGUCGUGCUUCGUAAGAUCUACAAUCAGACGGAACCGGAGUUGCGUUUCACGAAAGCCUUUGAUGGAUCUCAACCGUUGAAGGUAUACGAUCUUAUUAGGAAUCAUUGUCAAUCAAUUUCUAGCUCUCUUUUCGCCCUGGCAAGGUUUGGACUUGCUCUGAUGACGAGAAAAUGGUCAACCACAGCAGCUCGCUGCUCCAGAGAGUCGAUUCGUUUAGUGUCAAAUAUGUCAGCAAAGACGCUAUGAAGAAGCAGUGUACCAUUGCUGCAUCGACUGUUGAAAAGGAUCCACUUGUUGAUGUAGCCCCGUUUGAUGAGGAGCUGGAAAUGGUAGGCCGAUAAUCGGGGAGUCGUGGAAAUAAAAACAAUCUUUUCCUAAAUUCAUAUUUUUUAGUGUCUUUCUCGCUCGUCUACCACUCGUAAUCCGCCCACGCUUCAUUCUACCACAGGUCAUCACGGAAACACGACAACUUCGAAACCACCGGUCCCUCCAUCAACGAGCACUUUGCCGACGAAUCCAACGACCGUACCAACGAAAAAGUCGACUACAGUCAAUCCUCCGACUCCUGAAACCUCUACAACCCAUCAUUCUGCGAGUUCUACCCCAACCUCGACGACGACUUCUCGCAAUCCGCCCACUGUUCGUUCUACCACGGUUCAUCACACAACCAAGACAACUCCGAUGCCACCAGUUCCUCCAUCAACGAGCACUUUGCCAACAAAACCAACGUCCGUACCAACGGAAAAGACGACUACAGUCAACCCUCCGACUCCUCCAACCUCUACAACCCAUCACGCUGCGAGUUCUACCCCAACCUCGACGACGACUUCUCGUAAUCCGUCCACUGUUCGUUCUACCACAUCAUCCAAGACAACUCCGAACCCCCCAGUCCCUCCAACAACGAGCACUUUGCGAACGACUUCAACGGCUGUAACAACCGGCGGUCCAACGAGAAAGUCGAGUACAGUCAAACCUCCGACUCCUCAAACCUCGACAACCCAUCCUGCAAGUUCUACCCCAACCUCGACCUCUAGAAGGCCAGUCACUGGCACCGGUACCACUGCCGAGCCGGCAACUCAUGUUUCGGACAACAUCACCACUUUGGAGCCAAUCACCGGCACUGCCGAUUACAAUAUUACGACAAUUGAGCCGGGGAACUCUACUCAUGUAAGUGGCACUUCAACUGUGUGCGUGCAGUAUUAGUAAUUGAUGGUUUUCUUUUUUAUCAGUCUGUUAGGAAAAUAUUAAUGAGCAUCUGUUUCGUGGAAAAUUGCGUUGCCGCCGAGAAAAUGGAUUUUGUCGCGCCAAAAUCAAGUUGAUUUUCACUUCAAUGACUCGAGCGACGCAUUAUUUUCCGGACAGACUAAAAUACGCAUUUUCUUUCAGGAUAACUUGUCCAAGCUGCGCUUGGAAGCUCGUCGUGUCCUUUUUCUGAUCGCUGCCCAGUCCAUCGCACUAGUUGUGUUCGCAUUUAUCUUUCUGGGGCUUUUGAAAGCUUCGGCGAUCUUGAAACCAAUCACCACGCAAAAGAAGGAACGCUAA